AUGGCUGGUCAAUCAGAAUGGGCCGACAUCAUCGCGAAGGGCAUCGACGAGAAACACGACGAGAUAAACUCAUUAAACCACAAGAUCCAUUCCGCCCCAGAACUCGCCUACAAAGAGUUCCAAGCACACGAUAACUUCGUCUCGCUACUCAAGUCCCUCGACUUCAACGUCACGCCCCACGCAUACGGCGUCGAGACCGCAUUCUCAGCCGAUUUCGGGUCUGGCGGGCGUCUCCUCGUGUUUAAUGCUGAAUACGACGCCCUCCCCAAUAUCGGACAUGCAUGCGGCCACAACUUAAUUGCAAGCACCAGUCUUGCGGGAUUCCUCGGUGUAGUCGCCGCAUUGAAAGCCUCCGGCGCGCCAGGACGCGUUCGUUUACUGGGCACGCCAGCAGAAGAGGGAGGUGGCGGGAAACUCCAUCUGAUCGAUAACGGGGCGUACAAGGACGCAGCGGCGUGUCUGAUGACGCAUCCGGGGCCUCAAUACCUUUUGAAAGACGGCGUGACUGGUGUCGCAGCUGUGAAGAUGUUGGCUAAUGUCAAGUGGCGAGUUGUCUACACUGGUCGCACUGCGCACGCUGCUAUGGAGCCGUGGAACGGUGCGAAUGCGCUCGACGCAGUAUGCCUUGCGUAUAACGCGGUCUCGAUGCUGCGGCAGCAAAUCCGCCCGUAUCAGCGUAUCCACGGGGUGUUUCGCGAGGCUGGGGACCGUCCUAAUAUUAUUCCUGACAGGAGUGUUGCUGAGUAUUAUGUUCGAAGCGACACCCUUGUAUCUGCCGAGCGUCUGUGGGAGCGCGUGAAGAAGUGUUUCGAGGGUGCAUCGCAUGCAACGGGCUGCGAGGUUGUGUUUGAGCCGCUCAACACGUAUGCUGAUCUACGAUCAUCUGUGCCCAUUUGCAAGGCCUUUGUUGAUGCCAUGCCAGCGGGGAGUGUUGCGCUGGAUGAGCCUUCUGACUUCCUGGCUGGGUCGACUGAUAUGGGCAAUGUGACGUACGAAUGCCCUGGGUUCCAUGGUGCCUUUGGGAUCAACACGGUGCAGGGCCAGGGGAACCACACCCGAGGGUUUGCGGGUGCUUCUGCGUUGGAUAGCUCCUUUAAGACGGCCAUGGACUGGGGUAAAGGGAUCGGAGUAGUUGGAUGGAGGAUACUCACCGACGACGCGUUUAACGAGGAGGUCAGGAAGGUUUGGGUAGAGGACAUGAAGGCUGCUAAACAAUAA